CUUUCUGCUAAUUCUCCAUUGAAGAUGCUCCGCACAGUGCGAGAUCAGGUUAGGAAACAUCCCGGACUCGCCCCACAGUUUUUCUUCAUCUGUCUGGGAAUGGGUGGAGCGUUCUUGUAUUUGUUUCGUCUCGCAAGAGGACCUCAUGUCACCUGGAACAAGAGCAUUAACCCUGAACCCUGGAAUCAGCUUAGUCCAAACUACCAGUACAAGUUUGUGGCCAUUAACACAGACUACAAAAACCUGAAGAAGGAAGGACCAGACUUCUGAGUGAUUCACUGCUGUCUGCUCGACAUUCUCAUACAGAGACUGAAACUUCAUCACAACUCUAGAAUCAUCAAAAAUGUAAAUAAUAAAAAUGAUAAAAGAAUAGAAAAAAACAAAGAUAAUAAAACAACUAUAUGUGUGUAUUUGUAUGUGCAAUAAACACUUUUUAUUGCUUUGGUAUUUAGAAAAUAAAACAAUUGCAUAUCUCCACAAAAUAUACGGGAUAAAAUUGAUCAUUAGCAUCAGGAAAAAAACUUUUCAAACUUAUGAUGUCAAGGACCCCAACUAUGUAGAUGCCCUUGGGUAUAGCAAGUUUAAGUAUAAAACGUAUAAAAACCCAUUUAUUGUGUGAAGGCUGCAUAUAUAAAAAUACAUCAAUAUAAUUUCACACUUUAAAUAAAGCUUUUAGAAAUUAUAUGCGAGUAACUCUAUGUGUUUUUGUUUUGUUUUUUGUGGUGGGCAUGAACAUAAUGUAAUGAUGAUUGAGAGAUAUACCUCAAAAGCCUGUCGUAUAAUUUGUCUAUAAAUGCACCAAAUAUUAAGAAAGCACAUGUUGUUUCAAUUCAGUAAAUCCUUAUUUUGAAAUAUGAGAAACUUCAGUUACUUUUACUUUAUCAAAAUUAGCAAAGAUUUCACAACAAAGCCUUGGAAGUGUAUCCACUAUUAGAGUAAAGUUAUGGAUAAACAGUAUACAAAUAAAUACAGUUAUUUUAAUACACACAAUAAAUAUUGUUCCAAAGCAUCUUUAGAGAGAACCUUCCUAAUAACCUUACAGUGUGCCUUUCAAACCUCGGUAAGCAAACUAAAGUUGACAGUGUUGAGGAGAAACUCCCUAGUGAGAUACAUCACAAGUGCUGUAAAUAAAAUAAUCAAGACUGAUCUCAUGAUUUCUGAACAGUCUUUAGAAAGCAGAAUAAAAUAGAAAUAAUGUCAAAUUAUGUAAAUACUCACUUGGAAACCUUGGAAGUACUAGAAUUCAGUGUUUUUAAUUAAAUUAAAGCUCUAUAGAGGUUCAUCAAACUGUAGAGAUCACAUCUUGACCUCACUGCAGAGAGCAUGAGAAAGGAAAUAUGGAGAUCAGCAGAUGUUUGUGUGUAGACAGCAGAGACUCAUGGGAAGAAGCUCCAGCUCCCUUAGGACCGAAUGACCUUGUGAUUAUUUGUAGUGUUUGAACUGUGUCAGAGCCAUGUCAGAACCAUGGGGGGACACCACAUUUGAAAGGGAACUAUGGGCUAAAAAAUGGGUGUGUACAAUAUAUGCUGUAUAAUGUAUCAUUUUAUACGUAAUAUAUACAACCUUAAUUUCACACUUUUCA